UAGUCUUCCCUUUCUGACGGUCUGACCUGACCGGGAUGAGAAACCCAACAACACCCGGCGCCGUCGGCGAGUCGGCGGAGCUGUUCCUGCCGUGGCUGCCGCCGCGGGACCUCGCCGACGCGGCAUCCGCCUGCCGCGCCCUGCGCGCAACCGCGUCCGCCGUCACCGCGCGCCGCGCCGCCGACGCGGCGCGCGGACUGGAGCCGGUGCCCAUCCCGUUCCACAAUCGCGUCGACUCGAAGCCCUACGCCUACUUCCACUACACCCCCUUCUCCCUCAUCGUUCCCUCCUCCUCCCCACAUGCCCAGCCGUGGGGCUGCGCGUGGGCCCAACCGCCAGGCCCCACCUGGCCCCGCCCCAACCUCGAUGGCUUCCCAUCGGCCGUGUGCGGGUGCCCGUGCGCCGCGGGGGAGUGCGGCGGCCCCCGGUGCGCGUGCGCCGAUGCGGAGGCCGACGCGGCGGGCUCGGGCUCGGGCUCGGAAGCCGGGAUCGGGAGCCUCAGGGAGUGCAGCGACGGGUGCGCGUGCGGUCCGUCGUGUGGGAACCGGCGGACGCAGCGCGGCGUCGCGGUGCGGCUGCGCGUCGUGCGCCACCUACAGAAGGGGUGGGGGCUGCACGCCGCCGAGGCCCUCGGCCGCGGGCGGUUUGUGUGCGAGUACGCCGGUGAGUUCUUGACAACUGAAGAAGCACGGAGGCGGCAGAAGCUUUAUGAUGAACUUGCCUCUGUUGGUAAGCUCUCUCCUGCACUCAUUGUCAUACGAGAGCAUCUCCCUUCUGGGAAAGCAUGCUUAAGAGUUAACAUCGAUGCAACAAAAGUGGCCAACGUGGCUCGUUUUAUCAACCAUUCAUGUGAUGGAGGCAACUUGCAGCCUGUGUUAGUGAGGAGCUCUGGUUCGUUGCUCCCACGACUCUGCUUCUUUGCUGGCAGAGAUAUAUUGGAAGGAGAAGAGCUCACCUUCAGUUACGGUGAUGCUAGAGUUAGGCCGAAGGGUUUGCCGUGCUUUUGUGGAAGCUUGGGGUGUCCCGGUGUACUUCCUUCAGAAGAAACAUGAGAGCUGGUGCCAUCAUUUGUAAUGCCUUUCAAACGAGUUUGAUUGCGUUACUGCCUUUACAAGAACAUUUGCUUCAAGAGAAGUUCCGUUGCACAUUCUUUUUGCUCAUACCGUAAUGUGCGCAACAAAGGCUAAUGCAACAGGAAAUUUCCACC